UCAGAUCUUGCUGCGGUUGUUGUUGCUAUAACGGCCAAUGACCUUUAGUUAUAKGGUUGAUAUCUAACAGAAAAUCUCAUCAWUUUCCAAGGAAAACCUGGUGAAUUUGCAGGCGUUUAGAAGUGAGCAAUUCAGCUGGAAUUYGGCGUCAYCACUCCAGUCAUACGAUGUUGCAGAUUGAUCAAUCAUUUAUCAGCUUCACGCUAUGUAUAUUUUAAUGUUUGCAGAUCACAGCUGAUUAGGAUCUCACAACGUGCAUCACAAGACGACCACCUUGCAAAUCUUGGCACUAAUAGCACUAAACCUAAAUAAUACCAAGUCAUUUCGACUCGAAAGAACUCAGUUGACUAUUUCACUAGAUAAAACCGUGGACUUUUUCGGUGUGCAUUUCUUGGCAACUGCUUCAACAGAUACUUCGCACUUUCAAGGGUGUCAUUUUGGCCGUCUGACUAGUCACACGAACUUCAUUUUUGAUUGAUCUGUUUUGAGGAKCAAACUACAGAGCAAUGUCAGAAGAUAGCAUUGUCAUGGACGUUCUCCAGCCUCCGAAGUAUUCUGCACCGAACUUGGAUGAUUUAGAGUCACGAGAUGAGCAAAGAGAACGAGAACUGGAAGAAGCACGAGCCAGAGCUGUUCAAAUGGAAAAAACAAUGCGAUGGUGGUCUGACUGCACCGCGAAUUGGAGAGAAAAAUGGGGGAAAGUGCGAGCCGAGAGAAACAAAGCCAAAGAAGAAAACAGGCAGCUUAAACUCCAGCUUGAGACUUCUGCUAAAGAAAUCACAACACUACAACGCGAAAAGCAAGAGGCUUUGGAAAUGAGAAUGCAGUUGGAAAGAGAAGUUGAGAAAUUGGAGAGGGAGUUGAAAAAAGACAAACGAUUUAUUCCAUCCGCUCGCGUCGAGCCUGUUAAAGGUCAUGUAGACGUCUCUGACAGAACAAUACCCAAGCCAGGAUUUGAACAACAGUUUGUCGAUCAAAUUAUCGAGAAAACAGACUAUUAUGACGCUAAUACACUUAAUUCCAUGCCUGAGAAUGACUUUGAAAUGCCGAAAAAGACUGAAUUUUACGACGAGAACAACAAUCAACAAGUUAUUUUACUAAAACAGAAGCUGAAAGAAAUGGAACGACUGUUGUCAGACGAGAGAAGCUMCAAGGCGAAUCUUGUAGAAGAGAUUGAAUUACUUCAGUCGGACCUGACAUCACUUAAAUUAAAGAAUGAAAAUCUCCAGACAAAUAGAGAAGGCAGAGAAUCGGAGAUUACAAGAUUGAAAAAUCGCUACGAAAAAGAGAUUGAUGGCUUGAACGCUGACCUGGAAGACGUCUACACAAAUUCUGCUAAUAUGCAAAAGCUCAAAGAGAUGAGAGCCGAGAUUGAAAAACUUCAAACUGAAAAUGCACUAGAAUGGAGUAAGCGCGAAAAACUAGAAACGGAGAAAUCCUCACUCGAGAGAGAAAAUAAGAAAAUGAAACUUCAAGUCGAGGACUUAGAAAGUCUUCUCAGCCACAAAACUGCAAGAGCGUCAAAGAUUAUGGAUACUGACUUCAAAGCUUUGCAAGUUCAGCUCGAAGAAAAAAGUUCUGAACUCGUCGACCUUAGAUACGCUUACAACAAGAUGAAAAAACAACUUCAAGAAAAGACAUCAGAACUAGAGCAUUCUAACAAGCGAGUAGAACAACAUGAUAGCGAAGUGAAGAAAUUACGACUACGGGUGGAAGAACUCAAGAUAGAAAUCACUAAAGCAGAGGACGAGACCGAUUCACAACUAAACUUACUACGAAAGACUCAAAGAUCGUUAGAUGAGCAAACUGAGCGUGCUGAGAGCCUACAAGUCCAAGUACAGCAUUUGACUUCAAGAUUACGAAAUACUAACACGACAUCAGCAAAUACUCGCAAAUUUUCWCCACGAGAUUUAUCAUCUGAUGAUGACAGCGAUCUUGAUGAUUGACGGUUCCCUUAGUAACGACUGAUGAAAUUUCCAUAGUGAUGAAAAUAUUUCAAGAAUGUGCACGUGUAUAUUUUGUAUCCAUGACGAUGCCAAUCACUGACAAUACAAAGGAGUUCUGUUUGUUUAUAUAUUGUUAUUUCACGAUAUAUACUUAACCAUCUAUAAACAUUUGUGAGAAUUACGAAGUAAAGGACUUAUAUUGCUAAGCUUUUAUCAAAAUAUAGAGGCAAAAAUGAUGCUGUUCAAGAUAUUAGACUUGGGCAGUUUUUGCAUCAAGAGGCGGUGGUCUGGUCUUAGACGGAAAAUAAAUGAUAGGCUUACAAUCGCUUCGACUGAUUCACAACAAAGGAUAAACAUGGUUACAAGGCCUUGUCCAUACCGGUGCGUUUUUGUAGCGUUUGUGGUUGCUUUUCAUUCAUUGGGGUGGGGACAAAACACUCCCAAAGCGCAGAAGUUGAAAAAAACUCCGCGAACGACAAGGAAAAAUGUUUCUUUCUCGCCCUACAUUCAUGACGCAUUGAAAUACUUCACAUAAUUUCGUGUUUAAAUGUACAUUUUCGUAGUGUUUGAAAUUUUGUGCUUUUCAAUGAUAAUAUUUCUUGAAUAGUGGACGCAAGUGAAAAAUAAAAAGCCUAAG